GGCUGAAAUGAAUCGGAUUAACCCGGAAAAAAAGAGUCGCAAGAGACAUGUCGGUGCGCGUUCCUAUGAAUUCGCCUUGAAAUGCAACUGACAACGAAGUUUGCAUUUGGAAAAUCGUUUAAAUAACUGAAAUAAAAGAAAUCGCUCAUAAAUCUUUGCGAUUCCCGCAGUCGAGAUGCUGCUAGCUGGCUAGUUUACCCCGUCGAGCUCCGCGCCACUCCUGGGCUGAAGAAAAGCUGGCGAGCUAACUUUGCUUAAUGUGGAGUUUCACCCGAAUACAGUAGGACCAUUGUAGCACCUAUCUUCAACCACAUUAUCCUUUGGCUUUGGGCCUGGGUUGCAGUCAGAUCUUAUCUGCCACUGUGGCCCCUGCAAAAUGACCUGACCCAAUCUUCAUCACAGUCAUAAAACAACAAUGGCAAGAAUAGCUUGGUAUCAAGAGAAGAUUGGUGCAUAUGAUCAGCAGGUCUGGGAGAAAUCUCUGGAGCAAGCAGAAUUUAAUGGUAUUGACAGUAAACCAAAGAGGUCUGGCCACAUCAAGACAGACCUCAUUGAUGUUGACUUAGUAAGAGGAUCCACAUUCAGCAAGGCAAAGCCAGAUAGUCCAUGGACAGCAUUGACUCGUAAGGGUCUGGUCAGGGUGCUCCUCUUCCCCUUCUUUUUCCAAUGGUGGAUCCAGGUGACCUCCAGGUCCAUCUCCACCUGUAUCCUGGUGCUCUACUUGAUGCAAGUGGCAGCAUCAGUGUUGUACAUGGAAGUUCCUGCAGCCAGUGCUAGUGAGCUAUUUGGGCCCAUGUGUCUGAUGUUGUUGCUGGGGACAGUGCACUGCCAGAUAGUGUCCACUGAGUCCAACCGGAGCCCCUCAGACAGCCCUGUGAGCAGCACCAGCCCUGCACGAAGGAGGAGGCCAAGGAAGGGUAGAGGAUUGAAGAGAACAGAAGGACAGGGGACCGAUGGGGACACUGAGCUGCAGCCUUGGCAGCUGGAGGAAAACCAGAGGUUGUACAGAUCAGAGGAGAGAAGGAACAACCAGAGAAAGUCAGGCUUUGGGGCCUCUGACGAACUUUCAAGUGAGGAGGAUGGGAAAGAAAAACUACCUACUGGUGUAGCUGGAACUAUACCUGCCUCUGUUCUCAGGAAGAGACGCCUUCACUCCUUCUCUAACCCCUCAUCACCUCAGGAGGAAAGUAGUGGAGGUGCCAUGGACACUAAGGUGAAACCUCAUGAAGUGGAGCGCCUUCGGACCGAACUGGAGCGCCCGGCUUCUGACACAGAUGACACAAUAUGGGAGGAGCUUCUUCAGGGGCCUGACACCGUCUCCACUGGCAGUAGUGACAGUGAGGGGGACGGGCGAUACGGCCCUGGCCUGAACCUCCCCCCGUUCACCACUCUCAGCAGUGAUGAUGAGACCCUGCUGCAGGGCCAUCUAUCGUGGCUGCAGGCGUGCCACCCAUCCAGAGACCGGGUCAGUGUCAUCAUCUGGGAGCAGGGGGAGUGCAAGAAAGCAGAUAUGUCAGUACUGGAGAUCAGUGGGAUCAUCCUCACACGGGUGAAGGUGGUGGAGCAAGGCAUGGGUUACCUAGCCUUGGGGGGGUUGUUCACUGCCACACUGGCACUGCUUCCUUUUGUCUUCCGCCUGGCACAACAGCUGGACAUGAAGCGCCUGAGCUCCCUGUCCCUGGUAGAGCUGGCUGUCAUGGUGGUGGGGCCGCCCAACACCCAGAUCUACGCCUUCUUCUUCAUCACCACCGUGGAGAGGCUUUGCCUCACCGGACUCUUCUUCUUCAUGAUGUGUGUGGCAGAGAGGACCUACAAACAGCGGCUUGUUUUCGCCAAACUCUUCAACCACAUCACCUCAGCACGAAAGGCUAAGAAGUGGGAAAUCCCCCAUUUCAGGCUGAAGAAUGUGCAGAACAUAAAGAUGUGGCUGUCGCUCCGCUCCUUCCUCAAGAGACGUGGGCCCCAGCGUUCCGUUGAUGUCAUCGUCUCCUCCAUCUUCCUCCUGGCCCUCUCCAUCGCCUUCAUCUUGUGUACACAGCUCCUGAACAGUCACCACACCUUCCUGGACUCUGAGACCAACUGGGAGCUCAUGGUGUGGGGUUCCUCUCUCAUCCUCUUCCUGCUCCGCCUGGCCACCUUGGGCUCCGAGACCAACUGUAAAUACAGCAACGUGUCAGUGCUGCUGACGGAACAGAUCAACUUGUAUCUUAAGAUGGAAAAGAAGCCCAACAAGAAAGAAAUGUUGAACAUAGUGAACAAUGUUCUGAAGCUUGCAACAAAAUUAAUGAAAGAGCUUGACACCCCCUUCCGACUGCUGGGUCUGACUGUGAACCCUCUUAUCUACAACAUCACACGUGUGGUCAUCCUGUCUGCAGUCUCCGCUGUGGUCAGCGAUCUGCUCGGCUUCAACAUCAGACUGUGGAAGAUCAAGCCUUAAUGCUAAACCACUAACUGUUGGACAAUGGAGACUGCCAACUCCUACCAUCCACAGCUUGCUAUCUGUGCAAAGUGUGCAAUUCUACUGAGUGAUCGCCUAUGCAUCUCGGUGCCUUCCCUCCCAGGAACAUUGAACUUUCAAUCACCAUUGUGGUCAUACACAAGCAUGAACUCUUGACAAUGAAUGAUAUACACAUCCUUGACUACUACAUCUGCUGCAGCAGUUCCAGUAACACAGUGCCUGAAUCUGGAAUGUCCCUGAACCUGACCACUUCCUGGCUCUCACAUGGAGAAACUGUAGCCAAUGGGUGUCUUCUGAACACUGAGAAAUUUGCUGGACAUUUGAAUGUAAACCAUUUUAAGACAUGGAGAAACUAUGGAAUAGGAAAUGAAAAUUAACUAAUUCUUAUAAAAGAAUUAGACAUUCCAGUGGGGUUUGAUAUGUACAUGGAACAAAAAUAUAAACACAACAUGCAACAAUUUCAAAGAUAUGACUGAGUUACAGUUCAUAUAAGGAAAUCAGUCAAUUGAAAUAAAUUAAUUAGGCCCUAAUCUAUGGAUUUCACAUGACUGGGAAUAGAGAUAUGCAUCUGUUGGUCACAGUUACCUUAAAAAAAGGUUGGGGCGUGGAUCAGAAAACCAGUCAGUAUCAGGUGUGACCACCAUUUGCCUCAUGCAGCACGACACAUCUCCUUCGCAUAAGAGUUGAUCAGGCUGUUGAUUGUGGCCUGUGGAAUGUUGUCCCACUCCUCUUCAAUGUCUGUGCGAAGUUGCUAGAUAUUGGCAGGAACGGGAACAUCGUACAUGUCGAUCCAGAGCAUCCCAAACAUGCUCAAUGGGUGAAAUGUCUGGUGAGUAUGCAGGCCAUGGAAGAACUGGGACAUUUUUAGCUUCCAGGAAUUGUGCACAGAUCCUUGCGGCAUGGGCCAUGCAUUAUAACUCUGAAACACGAGGUGAUGGCAGUGGAUGAAUGGCACGACAAUGGGCCUCAGGAUCUCAUCAUGGUAUCUCUGUGCAUUCAAAUUGCCAUUGAUAAUGUGCACUUCAUCUGUGAAGAGUACACUUUCCCAGUGUGCCAGUGGCCAUCGAAAGUGAGCAUUUGCCCACUGAAGUUGGUUACGGCGCCAAACUGCAAUCAGGUCAAGACCCUGGUGAGGACGACGAGUUGUACAACUGAUUGCAUUCAACUAAAAUGUCUUCCGCAUUUAACCCAACCCCUCUGAAUCAGUGCUUCCGUGAUACGGUUUCUGACAGUUUGUGCAGAAAUUCUUUGGUUGUGCAAACCCAGUUUCAUCAGCUGUCCGGGUGGCUAGUGUCAGACGAUCCCGCAGGUGAAGAAACUGGAUGUGGAGGUCCUGGGCUGGUGUGGUAACACAUGGUUUACAGUUGGGAGGCCGGUUGGAUGUACUACCAAAUUCUCUAAAACGGCAUUGGAGGCUUCUUAUUGUAAGAGGAAUGAACAUUACAUUCUCUGGCACAGCUCUGGUGGACUUUCCUGCAGUCAGCAUGACAUUUCCUGGUCUUUAUAUUGUCCCCAGCACAAGGUGUGUAAUGAUCAUGCUGUUUAAUCAGCUUCUUGAUAUGUCAGGUGGAUAGAUUGUCUAGGUAAAGGAAAAAUACUUACUAACAGGGAUGUAAACACAUUUGUGCUCAAAUAAGCUUUUUGAGAUAAGAUAUAAGCUUUUUGUGUUUUUUAAAUUUCAGAUCAUGAAACAUGGGACCAACACUUUUGCGUGUUGCGUUUUAUAUUUUUGUUUAGCAUACAUGUAAUCUCUCAAACACAGCUGUUAGAUUAUAUAGAAGACUUUUUCAAUUAAAAAUGUAUAGAUUUUCAAAAUGGAUUACUGAACUAACUUAAUUACGUAUUUUCUUUUCAAUAGGAUAUAUUAAACUCUACUCUAAAUGUAUUUUGUGAUAUUUAAGGGAUUUUAUAGAUUUUAUGGGGGCUUUAUUUAUUUAUGGGUUUUCAGUGUUUCAUUACUGACAUACAGUGCAUUCAAAAAGUAUUCACAGUCUUUGACUUUUUCCACAUGUUGUUGUGUAACAGACUGAAUUUAAAAUGGUUUAAAUUGAGAUAGUGUCACACUGGCCUACACACAAUACCCCAUACUGUCAAAGUGUAAUUAUGUUUGUAAACAUUUUUACAAAUUAACAAAAAAAUUAAAAUUAAACACUGGACUGUCUUGAGUACAUAAGUAUUCAAUCCUUUUGUUGUGGCAAGCAUAAAUACAAGGGCACCUAUUGAUAGAUGGGUAAAAACCAAAUGAAAAGCAGACAUUGAAUAUCCCUUUGAGCAUGGUGAAGUUAUUGAUUACACUUUGGAUGGUGUAUUAAUACACCCAGUCACUACAAUGAUACAGGUGUCCUUCCUAACUCAGUUGCCUGAGAGGAAGGAAACCGCUCAGGGAUUUCACCAUAAGCCCAAUGGUAACUUAAAACCGUAAGCGUUGAAUGGCUGCGACAGGACAAAACUGAGGAUGGAUCAACAACAUUGUUUUUUUUAGGAUAAAAGAAAUGGAAUAGAGGCUAGUUCAGUCUGCUUUCCACCAGACACUGGGAGACCAAUUCACCCUUCAGCAGGACAAUAACCUAAAGCACAAGGCCAAACUAACACUGGAGUUGCUUACCAAUACCACAUUCAGUGUUCUUGAGUGGCCUAGUUACAGUUUUGACUUAAAUCGGCUUGAAAAUCUAUGGCAAGAUUUGAAAAUGGUUGUCUUGCAAUGAUCAACAACCAACUUGACACAAAGCGAGGUCCACACACAAAUGGUUUGUCGAGAUCAGUGUGGAAGAAAUUGACUGGCCUGCACAGAGCCCUGACCUCAACCCCUUUGGACCCCUUUGGGAUGAAUUGGAACGCCGACUGCGAGCCAGGCCUAAUCGCCAGACAUCUGUGCCCGACCUCACUAAUGCUCUUGUGGCUGAGUAUUUUUAUUUUAUUGUAUUUAACUUUAUUUAACUAGGCAACUAGAAGCAAGUCCCUGCAGCAAUGUUCCAGCAUCUAGUGGAAAGCCAUCCCAGAAGAUUGGAGGCUGUUAUAGAAGCAAGGGGGGAACAACUCCAUAUUAAUGCUCAUGAUUUUGGAAUGAGAUGUUCGACAAGCAGGUGUCCACAUACUUUUGGUCAUGCAGUGUAUCUUUCCUCAUGCAACUUAAUCUAACUUGAUAUGGUUUCAUCUAAAUAGAUUAAAAUGUCCACAUGUAUAAUAUCAACCAAUAAGAUACUUUUAUCUUAGCAGUCUCAUCUUUAGUAUUUGUCCUAUAAUUGAAAUCCAUCCCUCUCACAUUUCCAUCAGAUAUUUCUAGUCAGAGAAUGAAUAUAUCAUUCUUGUUCUAAAGAGAGCUGAUUAUCCCACGAGACUGUACUUGGAUACUUUUGGUCAUGUAGUGUAUAUUAGUUUUUAAUUUUUCAUUCAUGUUUUGCAAAUGUUACGAUUUUUCUUCCACUCUGACAUUACAGAGUAGUUUGUGUAGAUCAGUGAUCAUCCCACCUUAUUAACAACAACGUGUAAAAAAGUCAAGGGGUGUGAAUACUUUCUGAAGGCACUGUAACUGGUUUUAAUGUCUAGGAAUGGUACCCAUAGAUUGUACCCUUUGGACCGCCAUCAUCAGCAGUGUGCAACGGCAGCCCGCAAUUCGGGGUGCUCCUGCAUGUGGACAUUCCUGCACAAUGGCGGUCAGUGCCGUUUAUGACGAGGGAGACCUUUUUUUUUUUUUUUUUUACAUGAGCAUGGCCUUAUUUCUAGUACAACAUGUUGGAUGACUGUCGUUCGUAUUCCAUUAACCCUGUUCAAUAUAACAUCGAUAGGUUUAGGCUACUACAUGAUACUUGAAUUUUUCCUGUACCCAUCAUGAGGUUGCUACAACCUAGCUUAUGAAUGAAAGUUUACAACGUAGGUGCACACAGGCCGAGAGAGAAAUUUGAGAUGACAGACAGUGACACAUUCAAUGCAGCUUUGCACACUCUUGCCUACAUUUAGUUUAUCUAGGGUGUAAUAAUUAGUCCAAAUGUUGCAAACGAGAAUUUCUAUUGGACAAUUUCAUUUUUAUCCCUAUUUUGUUUGCUUCCGUUUAAGAAACGUUUUUUCAACAAUUGGCGGAAUGAAUACACACCUGAUUACGCAUAAAGACCGUUCACUUUCA